AUGACCAACAAGAUGACCAAAGAACUGCUGCGCUGGGAAGACAGCCCUGGUCUUGAGCACCACUGUCCCAAGUGCCAGACCCCGUUGAACAACCCAAGAGCCAAACAUACCUGCUACCUCAAGCAUGUAGAGGUGUGUCGGUUGUUUCAUCAACACUUCUUCAUGAUUGGCCAGGCUCACAACUGCGACACUUGUCGCCGCAACAACAGCGCCCACAAUGAGCGCCACAGACAACUCGCCUUGCUCCUUCGUCAACUCGUCCAGCUCCAACAGGAACAAGGCAUCGAGCCCAGCGGCUGCUCAGGCUCGCCUUUCUCCCCUACCAGCAAAAGAGCAUCCAUCUCCUCCUUCGCCGACAACGACCCAGAGACUAUUCCAAAGCUCAAGAAGCGAGAGCGCAAGAAGGCGAAAAAGCGCAUCAAAGCCUUGAGAGGAGGAGAUGCCCUUACCACAGCCGAAGUAGCUGUCGUCGAGGCCGCUCUGCACCCGCCCUCUCGCAACAACAGCACCUCGUCAGCUUCAUCUUCUUCGACCAACGCCCCCGAAAGCAGUAGCCAGAGUACCGAUAGUGAUGACUCUGAGCCCAUUCCUGCCUCGCCCACGUCACCCACAUCACCAAUGUCACCAGCCACACCCAUCACCGAAAACCCAUCCUUCGCCAGCCUCAUGAACGCAAACAAAGCCUUCCACCCCGACGUCAAUGGCAAACUCAACUCCACCCGUAUGGCCCUACAGACCAAACUCCUCUCGGUGCUGGACGAGACUUAUCCUCCUCUCGAUGUUUCAGUCGAGAACGCUAUGCAUGCCCUCAACAUCACUGACAAUGAUGCAAAGACUCCCAAAUGCAUUGCUGAGCUUGUGGCAAAGAUCAAGGAGGCCAUCAAGGAAGAUCUGUUUUGUGCCGAGUGCGAUGUGCGCAAGUUUCGUCUCAGAGAGGCUGGUUGGUAUCGCUUUGUCAACCGCAGUGUGCUGGCUUUGAGGGAGGAGUGA